AUGACGUUCAGCGUAGAUGCCCAGGAAUGGAAGCUGAUAAAGGACUGCGAGGCCAAGGUGAGGGCCGCGGACUCCCACAAGGUGAAAGCGUUCUGCGAGAACCUCUCUGCAGAUUGUCGGGAGAAAGUGAUCAUGACCCAGAUCUUGCUGUGCAUCAAGGAACUGGGGUCAGAUGCCAACCAGCACGUGAAGUCUGCCCUGGCCUCUGUCAUCAUCGGCCUCUCUCCCCUUCUGGGCAAAGACAACACCAUUGAUCACCUCCUGCCACUCUUCCUGGCCCAGCUGAGGGACAGGUGACCCCAUCCUCUGCAGUCCCUUGAGGUGCGGCUGAACAUCAUCUCCAACCUGGACUAUGUGAAGGAGAUUUUCGCCAUCCGGCAGCUGUCCCAGUCGCUUCUGCCAGCCAUCGUGGAGCUAGCCCAGGACGCCAAGUGGCGGGUGCGUUUGGCCAUCAUUGAGUACAUGUCCCUGGUGGCUAGGCAGCUGGGAGUGGAAUUCUUUGAUGAGAAACUCAACUCAUUGUGCAUAGAAUGGCUGGUGGACCAUGUCUAUGCCAUCUGUAAGGCAGCCACCAGCAACCUCAAGAAGCUGGUGGACAAGUUCAGGAAGGAGUGGGCCCAUGCCACCAUCAUCCCCAAAGUGCUGGCCAUGUCUGGAGACCCCAACUACCUGCAUCGCAUGACCACCCUCUUCUGCAUAAACGUUCUGUCAGAGGUGUGCAGGCAGGACAUCACCAUCAAGCACAUGUUGCCCACCGUUGUUCGAAUGGCAGGGGACCCCGUCACCAAAGUCCGCUUCAAUGUGGCCAAGUCCCUGCAGAAGAUCAGGCCCAUCCUCCACAACAGCACCCUGCAGAGCGAGGUCAAGCCAGUCCUGGAGAAUCUGACCCAGGACAAGGACUUUGCCCUGGAGGCCUUGACUGGCAUGCUGCCUGCUGUGGCAGAGCUGGCCAAGGACCCGGGCUGCCUGCGGAGGCCCUACUGUUCACAUCCUCCUAUUAUUCACAUCCUCCUACUGCUCAAGUCCUCUUACUGUUCACUGAGCCACACCCCUGCCCUGGGAAAAUCAUCCAUGUAUUUUGAUGAGCACAUAGCAUUGUCCCAAAGCCUGGGUUUCCCACUGGUUGCUGACGUGCUGCACGUGGCCAUACUCUCGGUGCCUGAUGUUCUGUGUCUGGGGCUCAUGCUCUGGGCCAGCACCUCCAUGCUCUUCAUCCUGUACAGACACAAGCAGAGAAUGCGACACAUCCAGAGGACCAGUGUCUCCACCAGAGCCCCUCUGGAGUCCAGAGCCACCAUAAGCAUCCUCCUCCUGGUCCUCCCCAUCUGUGUCACCUUGGAGAGUGUGGAUGUGGACUUAGCCUCCUGA